CACCGUCCCUAUUGCAGAAAGAAUAAUAGGAAGAAAAAGAUUCAUGAAACUCAUACUAAAUGUAAUUGGAGAAUGAAGUUAGAGCUCAGUGGAUAUGACAUUACAAAAUGGAUUGUGUAUCAACAUAGCAAUAACUCUGAAAAGCACAAUGUCGAAGUACCGUGUCAGACGAGGCCAACUCUGAUGAUGAGAGAUAAGUGGGAUAAAUUACGUUCCCUUGCAAAGUUAACUCCAAAGCAGAUACUUUUGAGUGAGACCCAGGUUAAUGCAAUGCCAAAGCUUAAAAGUAAAAUGGAUUGGUCAACUUUCCAAUCAAUCAAAACCCGAGCAAACUUGAUUGAUAAUCGUAAAAGAAUUCGUUGAUCAGUGUUAAAGAUGGCAUUCCAAUUUCAGUGCACAGAAAACUCAAUCGUAUAACUAUUGAGAGAUAUUUUGAACAUAUUAUUUUUCUACAGAGAAAAGGUGGCAAUGGAAAUAGAGAGUAUCACUUGGUAAUAUCAUCAGCUGAUAGUAUUGAGAAUCUUUCAGAACUGGAAAUUCCAGUUGAAGGUCAUGGUGAACAAGCAAAAUUCAAGAGUGGAAUAAUUGUUGUCUAUUAUGACCCAUAUGAAGGUGUUGCUGCAGCAUUUUUGAUAUCUUGUAUGGAAGGAGGUUUAGGAUUAAGCCAUAUCUCACGAACUGACUUUCAAAGUUACGGGUACAGAUGAUCGCUGGUCAUCAGUUUUACAGAAGGAAAGAUGCUCUGAACAAAAGUACGAUUUUAAGCCUGCUUAUGUUAAGUUGGAAGAUCACAGUCAUGUAAAAGUUACUAAGAAAUGUCAGGAUAGUCAAAGUGGCUCAGUGUUUAACUUUUCAAAUAUUAGAUCUUGUCGGUGAAAAACCAAAACUUGUUAAAAUAUCAGAUGUUCGAGUUAGGCUGCAGUGUUUACUGCAAGAUGGCAGACUCCUUACAAAAGUUUUUCCAAGUACUAGUGAAGGUAUUCAUAAACCGGAGACUCAUAAAACUAUUCAAGAAUUUAUAGACAGUCAAGAGUGUAGAGAGUGGAUUAUAAGUAAAGGUGUGGAAAACUGGAUUAGAAUAGGGGAAGUGGCAACAGGCACUGAUACAGAACAAUAUUUGUGUCAUGCCAUCAAGUCAGAGGUUAUGCAGAGAUUCUUUUAUCGUAAAAAUAUCCUUGAAAUUAUUCCUGAUGGCAAUAACAUGUUAUCAGCAAUGAAUAAAUCGAAGUCUUCACACAUCAGACCUGGCAUUCAUAAAGUCGGUAACAAAUUCGCCCUAAAAGUCUCACCAGAAGAAGCUGGGAAUAAAGUUGUUGCCACAAUGUAUCUUGACUGUGCAUCAACAAGUGAAAACUGCAAAACAAAAUGUGGACAGCCAGUUAAUGAAGUGUGUGUUGUUGACGGUGUAUUCUCUUGUUGUGGAACGCCUAAAGAACAAAUACGUAUAUGCUGCAACUGUUACACAGAUAAUUCUGAUCGCUGGUCUAAACUUGUAGAGGAUAGUUUUCUUUGUCACACGUGCCAUAAUUACUACCGUAAAAAAAAUCAACAUCGUCCACCCAACAUGAGCAAAAGCAAGAGAAAAAAAAUUCACGAAAGUCACGUUAAAUGUGAAUGGAAGAUGAAGCUUGAGUUGCGGGGUUCAGACAUUACAAGAUGGCAGAUUUACAAGCAUCACCUGAAUAAAGAAGCUCAUGGACCAAAGCCAAAUUUAUCUCGUAAUAAAAGAAAAGCUGAACAAUGUAAAGAUGAGAGAACACCAAAGAGAAUGAAACUCUUUAGUGAUGGAGAGCUUCCCUUUCCAAUAAAAGAAAGUACCAGAAUAAUCAAAGCAUUUCCAAGGUUUGCUGCUGGCUCAGGAGCAGGACGAAAUUUCGAACACAGUGAAAAACCAGAUGAAAAUGGGUUCCUAAUGUACCCUGAAAUCAAAGAAUACAUCACAGGCCUUGUGUUAAGAGAUAUAUUUUCACCAAAAGAAAUUAGGCAUUUUGUUAGCCAUUAUGCUUGUGAGAAUUUUCUUGUUUCAGAGUCGAGUGACAGCAAGUGUAGUCCUCAGACUAUUUAUGAAUUAAGAAAACGCUCGUAAAAGGUUUCAUUUACUAUGUUCAGUCUGACAUUUAUGCACUCUCAAAAUCCCAGGAGUCCAAAAAAUUGAUGAUAUGUCUAGGAAAUGGUUAUCCUACAUUAUAUUUUGUACAAGAUGAAGAAACUCAGGUACUUACAGAAAAUAUAGAAGUUGUAGAAGUGGAAGAUGGUUCUGGCAUCAAUGGAAAUUUAGAAUCAAGUGAAACUAUUGAUCUGGAGGAAAGCCCAAUGGUGAGAUUGCUGUGAGAGUCCGGAAAUGUUGCGAAGGAAAUUCUAUAGAGAAUGUAAAAGCAAGUGAGGUGCCAUUGAAGAUAUUUGUAACCACUCGAAAAUAAAUAGACGAUGCACUUCCAUCUCAAGUUUGUUUGUAAUGGGUAUUUUAUAAUGUAUAAAAGCUAAUUAAAUUCAUAUGAAACUG